GCUGGUGGAGAAGGUUCCGCGCGCUGCCGUCCGCACGUUCGCGCGUCCGCUCUGGCGGAAUGAGGCUGCUCAGCGACGCGCGCCCGGGAACGAGCUGAGAGGCAGCGGUGGGAGCAGGUGUGCAUAGACGGGAUCUGGACUCAGGUGGCGGUGACGAGCUCAGGGUGCGGCAGGAGCACAGGACCAGGUCCGGUCCUGACCUGACCUGAGGUCGCACCAUGGUCGACUACUACCGGGUGCUUGAUGUGCCGCGAAAUGCGUCCACCGACCAGAUCAAGAAGUCGUACCGCAAGCUGGCGCUGCGCUGGCAUCCGGACAAAAACCUGAAUAACAAGGAGGAGGCGACGAAGCGGUUCCGUGACAUCUCAGAGGCCUACGAGGUUUUAUCAGAUGACAAGAAGCGGAAGACGUACGACAAGUACGGCAAAGAGGGCGUGAGGAAUGGCGGCCCGAGCCCGGCGCACGCGCACCAGUACCAGCACCACCACCACCAUCACGGCGGCUUCCCCGACGACGACUUCAACUUCCUCUUCACCGGUUUCACAUUCCGCGACCCGGAGGACGUGUUCCGCGAGUUCUUCGGCUCCGACCCGCUGUCCGACCUGCUGAACGACUUCUUCUCGCCAGGCAUGCUGGACCCGCUGAGCGGCGGCGUGCCGCGCCGAGCCCGGCCGGGCCGCAGCCGCGGCUCGCGCCACCCGCCGUCGGCCGGCGCGCCCGCCUCCCAGCUGAUGUCGCCGGCGCUCUUCUCGCCGUUCGGUCUGGGCGGGCUCGGCAUGAUGUCGUCGUUCGCCGCCAUCGACGCCAUGAUGGACGGCAUGGGGCCGGGCGGCGGCUUCGUGACCGCCGACAGCUUCAGCACGCACAUGGGCCCCGGCGGCGCGGCCAUGAAGCGAACCUCCACCAGCACCAAAUACGUCAACGGCAAGAAGAUCACCACGCGACGGGUGUACGACAACGGCCGAGAAACGGUCGAGACGUACGAGAACGACGUGCUGAAACAGCGCCUGCUGAACGGCGUGCCGCAACGCGUCUCGGCCCACGCGCGCUAGCCGCCGUCGCCGGCACCGAGCCAGUGAUAAAUCAGUCCGCGUGUCCGCCGGCGCACCGGCCGGCCGGUCAAAUCCGAACACGAGUGGAGGCGCGCCCGCCGACCGCCGCGCCAGGCGCGCUGACGCCGGCCGAAAUCGCCAGUCGCCGCAGCUUUGUUCGCGUUUUAUGUGAAUGCCGGCGGAGUGUGGCGCAGUGAGACGGGCACCGCCGCUCGAGCGGCGCGGCAUCAGGGACAGCCCCGCGUGGCGGGACAUGGAGUCGACGGGAUCGCCCCGUCUGACGGGACGUGGAGUCGCCGGGACCGCCCCGCCUGACGGGACGUGGAGUCGCUGGGACCGCCCCGCCUGACGGGAGUGGAGUCGCCGGGACCGCCCUGCCUGACGGGACGUGGAGUUGGCGGGGCCUGACGGGAUGCAGAAUCGCCGGCACCGCGCCGCCAACGGCGCUCAUAGCUCCGCCCAGCACGUCCGCGCCAGGACGUCGUGACACCGCGACUGCGGUGACUCCGGAGACUGCACGGCCGCUGCCGUGCGUCGCGUUCGCGCGCGGAACCGCGGACCGCUCGGCGCGAGAAGCGGGCUCGCCGGCGUUUGGGGCGGGCGGGGACGGCUCGGCCGGGACGGACCGGCCGUGCCGCGGCCCGCCGCCACCUGCGAGCUUUCAGUGUCAGUGGGGAGGGGGCGCUGCCCCGGCUCCGUCUGUGGCCCAGGCGCGGCCAGCGCCCGGGUGCCGCCGCGGGCCGCUUGUUCGGCCUCCGUUACUUUGCGUUCAACCGGGAGAGGCUUCAGUUGGUUGGAUAUUAAUACAGAUCUUCACGUG